AAAGUUUGCCUUCAAAAAAAGCAACUCUUCAUAUACCAACUUUUUCUCCAAUGUUCUUCCACCUUUACAACACUCUCUCCAUGUAUAAUAAUUAUAAAAAAUAAAUAAUCUCAUCUUUUUAUAAUUACACUUUACCAAUUAUCUCCAUAAUUCCAGGGUUUUUAAGGUUGAUUGAGUAUUUGGGUAUUGUUGGAAAUUUGAGAUAGUUGAAGGGUAUUUAAGGAAAUGGAGGCAUCUUCAUCUGCACCAGAGUUUGAUUACUUGUUUAAGCUGUUGAUGAUUGGAGAUUCAGGUGUUGGGAAGAGUAGUUUGUUGCUCAGUUUCACUUCUGAUUCUUUUGAAGAUCUUUCUCCAACUAUUGGUGUGGACUUCAAGGUUAAACAUGUCACCGUCGGGGGUAAGAAGUUGAAGCUUGCUAUAUGGGAUACAGCUGGACAGGAAAGAUUUAGGACUUUAACAAGUUCAUACUACCGAGGAGCUCAAGGAAUAAUCAUGGUUUAUGAUGUAACAAGGCGAGACACAUUCACUAAUCUCUCUGAUAUAUGGGCCAAAGAAAUAGACCUGUACUCGACAAAUCAGGAGUGCAUCAAGAUGCUUGUUGGCAACAAAGUUGAUAAGGAGAGUGAAAGGGUUGUCAGCAAAAAAGAGGGAAUUGAUUUUGCCAGGGAAUAUGGAUGUCUUUUCAUUGAAUGCAGUGCAAAGACAAGGGUCAAUGUCGAGCAGUGCUUUGAGGAGCUUGUGCUGAAGAUUUUGGACACUCCAAGUCUGCUGGCUGAAGGUUCAGCUGGUGUCAAGAAAAAUAUAUUUAGACAGAAACCUCCAGAAACUGAUGCAUCAACAAGUGGCUGUUGUUGAGAUGGAUGUUUACAUCCCUUCAUGCUUUCACAUCUAUGGUUUCCCUUUCUUUUGUAAAAGAAAAUGAUGUAAUUACUUGGAGAUCAGCUAACUGUGUUUCUAUCCUUCACGUUUGUAGUUCUUGUGACUGAAUGUUCUUCUGUUGUCCACUCGACUUUAAUUUAAUAUUUGAAGAUGAUUUCUUUUUUC